UCGAAAGACUCUCAGAAUCAGUACAGGACUGGAGUAUUAAUGGCUAACCAUGUUGAAGAUCGUUUUGGAAGAGAUCUCAUUGAUGCACCAGUCGAAAACCCAUUCCCGAAAUCUGAAAUGCAUGAUAGAUUCUGUAAAGAGACUACCAUGUUUGCGGCUGGAAGAGAUAAUUUUGCACCAAAGCUGGUUACUGAAGAUGAGAUUGAAGCUGAAGAAGGUUAUAAAGAGUAUAAAAAGAAGGUGUGCUUUUCAACUGAAGGACAGCCAAAUCAUAUUCUUCUUGGUCAUGGUCCAACACAAGAUCAUUUUGAAGGUCGUCACUUUGAAACUACAGCUGAAGCCUUCUAUGGUAAAGCCCCCAAUGCUGAUAAGACAACUCAGAGGGAUCUAUUCUUGACAAAUACCAAGCAGGAUGACAUCCCCACCUUGUUUAAACCAACUCCAGAUAGAACUCAUUUCAAGAGAUCUCAAAAGUUCUAGUAAUUCUUCAUUAUCGCUCUUCCUUAAUUUUCUGUUACUU